AUGAACUCUUUGAAAAGUCCCCAUCUGAUUAUCUAUAACUGUGGGCCAAUAGCUGGUGCGAGCAGGAACCAUAAGCAUGUGCAGAUUUUGCCGCGCCCUGCCCAUCUAUUUCCGGACGAUCCGAACUUGGACUCUGGGGUGAUACCGUUUCAGUAUUUUGUGCGACGUCUUGGCGAUUUGGAUUUCGAGAAUCUGGCCUGUCCCUCAAGACUCUCCGAAACCUACCAGGACCUUUUGGCAGAGGCAAAAGAAAGUCUUGGACAGUCACCCGGCACAGAUGGCGAAGGGUAUUUCCCGCAUAACGUCGUUCUGGUCCGAGACUGGAUCGUUGUCAUCCCCAGGCGCAGUAACGAUUUUGACGGCAUCACGGCCAAUGCUGCCGGAAUGAUGGGCUCUGUAUGGUUGAAGAGCGAAGAGCAGUUGGAUCGCUGGAAACAGGUCGGACCAUCGAAAGCUCUGGCCGGUUUGGGAUGGCCGAGAGGGUCAGAGAAGAAGGACUAG